AUGGCUACUAAUAGUUUUGAUACAUUUGACAUUUAUGGUUUUCCAGUCAAGGUUGAUUCUACUGACAUUCAUGUUUACCGGUAUAUGAUAUCUGUAGAUGUGAUUGGAAUGGCCUACACUUUGCUAUUAUUUGUGUUAACAUUUUUCCAAGUGAAAUCUGGGAAUCCCAUUGAUGGUGGCCUUGCUUAUUUUGAAUUCUAUGGUGAUAAGAUAAUUUUAUUCUUAUUGGCUACUGGUGCUGCUGCUGGAUUAGGAUUAACAGUGGAAUAUAACAGACUUAAGGACAAUGAUGAGACUACCCAAAAUAUACAAAAUUUUAUCAACAUAGCAAAUGCUUCUGCUAGUGUGCUUCUUCUUGGAUCUAUUUCCUCUACUAUUUCCUCUAUCAUUUCUUCUCUCAAUCUUCCAAAGAGAUCUUCUUCGUAA